GCCGCCCCCGAAGUUUGUUGUGACAGGCGUCCCUGACGCUUGUGGCGGCUGCGGCCGCGGGACCGGGCCUCUGCGCCACCAUGGCGGUGCGACAGGCGCUGGGCCGGGGCCUGCAGCUCGGUCGGGCGCUGCUGCUGCGCUUCACGGCCAAGCCUGGCCCGGCCUACGGCUGGGGGCGGCCUGGCCCGGCGGCGGGCUGGGGCCGCGGAGAGCGCCGGGGCUGGGCCGCAGGACCCGGCGCGGAGCCGCGCAAGGUCGGGCUUGGGCUCCCCGACCGCUACCGCUUCUUCCGCCAGUCGGUGGCCGGGCUGGCGGCGCGGCUGCAGCGGCAGUUCGCGGUGCGUGCCCGGGGCGGCGCGGGCCCUUGCGGCCGGGCCGUCUAUCUGGCCUUUGGGCUGGGGCUGGGCCUCAUCGAGGAGAAGCAAGCGGAGGGCCGGCGGGCGGCCUCGGCCUGUCAGGAGAUCCAGGCAAUUUUUGCCCAGAAGAAUAAGCUGGUGCCUGACCCACUGGACACUAGGCGCUGGCAGGGCUUCCGGCUGGAGGAGUAUCUGAUAGGGCAGUCCAUUGGCAAGGGCUGCAGUGCCGCUGUGUAUGAAGCCGCCAUGCCUGCGUUGCCCCAGCAGCUGGAGGUGGCAAAGAGCAUCGAGCUGCUCCCAGGGAGAGGCCCAGAUGUCAUCCCUCGAGGAGAAAAGGACGUGCAAGCGGCAGGGGCCCCUGUCUUCCCCUUAGCCAUCAAGAUGAUGUGGAACAUCUCGGCGGGCUCUUCCAGCGAAGCCAUCCUUAGCACAAUGAGCCAGGAGCUAGUCCCAGCAAGCCGAGUGGCCUUGGCCGGGGAGUAUGGAGCAGUCGCUUACAGAAAAUCCAAGGCGGUCCCAAGCAACUGGCCCUCACCCAACAUCAUCCGGGUUUCCCCCUUCACCUCGCUGUGCCGCUGCUGCCGGGCCCUGGUCGACUACCCUGAUGUGCUGCCCUCACGUCCACCCAGAAGGCCUGGCCACGGCCGGACACUGUUCCGCAUGAAGAACUAUCCCUGUACCCUGCGCCAGUACCUUCGCGAGAACACCCCCAGCCCUCGCCUCGCCACUGUGAUGACCUUGCAGUUACUGGAGGGCGUGGAUCAUCUGGUUCAACAAGGCAUCGCACACAGGGACUUAAAAUCUGACAAUAUUCUCGUCGAGCUGGAUGCAGAUGGCUGCCCCUGGCUGGUGAUCACGGACUUUGGCUGCUGCCUGGCUGAUGCGAGCAUCGGCCUGCAGUUGCCCUUCACCAGUUGGUAUGUGGAUCGGGGCGGAAACGGCUGCCUGAUGGCUCCUGAGGUGUCCACGGCCCAUCCUGGCCCCAGGGCAGUGAUUGACUACAGCAAGGCUGACACCUGGGCAGUGGGAGCAAUCGCCUAUGAAAUCUUCGGGCUCGCCAAUCCCUUCUAUGGCCAGGGCAAGGCCCACCUCGAAAGCCGCAGUUACCAAGAGACUCAGCUGCCUGUACUGCCUGAGUCGGUCCCUCUAGACGUGAGACAGCUGGUGAGGUCACUGCUCCAGCGAGAGCCCAGCAAGAGACCAUCUGCUCGAGUCGCCGCAAACGUGCUUCAUCUCAGCCUCUGGGGUGAAGAUAUUCUAGCCCUGAAAAAUCUGAAGUUAGACAAGAUGAUUGCCUGGCUCUUGCAGCAGUCAGCCGCCACUCUGCUGGCCAACGGGCUCACAGAGAAGAGGUGUGUGGAAACAAAAAUGAAGAUGCUCUUUCUGGCCAACCUGGAGUGUGACGCGCUGUGCCAGGCAGCCCUCCUCCUCUCCUCGUGGAGGGCAGCCCCAUGACGGUUCUGCCUGGAGCUGGCGAAUUACUAAAAGAGCUUAGCAGCACCUGUGUCGUGAUGGUCUGUGAAUGCUGAGGGGCCCCGAGGUGUGAGAGGGUGCGAGUCAGGAGACAGGACUGUGCGGAGAGGGAGACUGUGCGGAGACUGUGCUUGUCUGUGUCCACCAGACAAGCCUCAGGUGUGGCAAAUGGAAGGACAGUGUGAGUCAGAGUUCACAGUCUGUAGCUACUAACUCUAGCUGUGUGAUUUGGGACAAAUCCUAUAACCUAUGUAGACUUAAGUUCUCUUACCUGUAAAAUGAAGAAAUUGGUCUAAAUCAGGAUUGGCCAGCUUUCUUUAGAGGGCCAGAUAGUAGAUACUUUUAAGUUGUCACAACCACUCAAUUGUCAUUGUAGUGCAAAAGUGACCGUAAAUAUGUAAAUGAACAAGCAUGGCUGUGUUCCCAUGGAGCUUUACUUUCAGUUCCCAUGGACACUGAAAUUUUGUUUUCACGUGUCACUAAACAUUCUUUCAAUUUUUUUCAAUCAUCUAAAUAUGUAGAAACCAUGUUUAGCUCACAGGCCACACAGAGACAGGUGGCAGGCCAGUUUGCCAACCCCUGGUUUAGAUAAAUUCAUAUGGCAUAACUCUAAAAAAACAAAGUGCUGACUGAUCAGAGUCCCUUUGUGUCUCAAUGCUAAAAAUAACGUAAUCAGCUCAUCCCCGAGUACAGAAACAAAGCAAUGUGUUCUCUGCACCAGGCAAGAAGAUGCCUUCAGGUGUAACUGCUUACCAGAAAGCCCUGUCUCAAGUCCCUGUCCCAUCCUCACAGGCCUCUGCGAAGUUAAUGGCUGAGUGGUCCGUUAGAUGAGGCUGGGCUGCGGAGGGUUAGGCCUGCAUUUACGCUGCAGAGGGUCUAGGCUAAGGGAGUGGCUGUUAGUGGCAGAGCCUGUGACCUUUGCCCCUAGCACCAGGAAGAGCCUGUGGCUCACUUGAAAGAGGCAGAGUGGCAUCAGGCCACAUUUGCGAGGUGGGCUAGGGAAGGCAUUUGUACGGGUCGGCAUACUCAGUGUGGAAAGCGUACUUGAGGCUGGGAGGUGGCAGCCUCUGCACUCACCCGCUGUGUGUGUUCUGGACCAGUCCGGGAUGUUUGUGAGAAAGCAUUUCCACAGAGCUGCUCCAGCUACUGAGUUAACCUCCCAUAGCUGAAAUGACUGAUGUAGUAGAAAUUAGCAGUGUGGUGUUUUAAACUUGUUGAUUUCCUUCCUGAAUAGCAUUUCUUACAGGAAUUGUGAAAUUAAAUGCAAAUGUACAACUGCAGAAUA